AUCAAGAAUGGAGAUGCUCCAGGGACUGCUGCUGGGACUGCUGCUGAGCACAAGUGGGGUAUGGGCCUCCAGGGGACCGCUGCGGCCCUACUGUAGGCCUAUCAACGCCACCCUGGCUGCAGAGAAGGAGGCCUGCCCCAUCUGUGUCACCUUCACCACCAGCAUCUGUGCUGGCUACUGCCCCAGCAUGAUGCGGGUGCUGACGACAGCCCGGCGGCCCGUGCCCCAGUUGGUAUGCACCUAUGACGAGCUGCGGUUCGCCUCCAUCCGGCUCCCUGGCUGCCCACCUGGUGUGGACCCUGUGGUCUCCUUCCCCGUGGCACUCAGCUGCCACUGUGGGACCUGUCGCCUCAGCAACUCUGACUGCGGGGGUCUCCGGGGCCAGCCCUCGGCCUGUGAGCUCCCCCACCUCCCGGGCUUCUUCUUUCUGUAAGGACCCGUGAAGCCUUCCCAAUAAAGGCUUCCCAACCCGCA